AUGGACGACCAGGAGCUGGGCUUCAAGGCGGGGGACGUCAUUGAGGUAGUGGAUGCCACCAACAAGGAGUGGUGGUGGGGACGCAUCCUGGACAGUGAGGGCUGGUUCCCAGCCAGCUUCGUCCGGGUAAGAAACUAACUCUACAUAUCUCCUCUCUCUCUCUCUCUCUCUCUCUCCAUCUCCCUGGGGAACUGAGGACAACAGAAAUGAACUACUCUGUCUCUUGCUUAUAUUUGAUAUAUAUUAUUAUUGUUAGGGUUGUAAGUGCAGCUGGUGCUGCAGUUGUGCAAAAUGUUUCUGUAGCAUCUAAACUUUAGUGAUCUGAUAGUGAGGGUAUUCUAGAACAACGGCGCCUCUCUUCCUGGUCCCUGUAGUUGCGUGUGAACCAGGAUGAGCCCAUGGAGGAGUACCUAUCCCACCUGGAGGAGGCUGGGGCUGGGGAGGAGGACCAGCCAAGGGUGGGUCUGUUCCUGGGACCAGGCCUGCCCUGUAAGGAACAGAUGAGGACUAAUGUCAUCAAUGAGAUCAUGAGCACGGAGAGAGACUACAUCAAACACCUCAAAGACAUCUGUGAGGUCAGUUCAGCUCAGUUCAGACUACAACGUCUCAAGUUUCAACCUGAUUAUUUCUGGGAAUUCUUAACAUAUUUUACAGAGUAAAAUCAGGUAUACAUCUGUAUGAUUUACUACAUGGGUCUACUGUUCCUCUCUCAGGGUUACAUCAAGCAGUGCCGUAAGAGGAUAGACAUGUUCACAGAGGAGCAGCUGCGGUGCGUCUUCGGCAACAUCGAAGACAUCUACCGCUUCCAGAAGAAGUUCCUGAAAGAUCUGGAGAAGAAGUUCAACAAGGAGCAGCCGCACCUCAGCGAGAUCGGCUCCUGUUUCCUGGAACACGUGAGUACCCACAACCCACUGUGACAAUGACUUCACCUGACCUUUGUCAUAUGGCCUGCAUAACGCUAUGUAAUGCUGUCAGAAACAUGACAUAACAUGACGUAACAGGUUAAAUGAAUGUGUGCUUUGAUUGUGGCCUAUGAUGCCACUUAUGUAAAUAAUAGACAAUUACUGUAUUAUUAUACAGGCUUUUUUAUUUUUUUAACCUUUAUUUUAUCAGGGAUUCAUACUGAGACCAAGGUCUCUUUAACAGAUGUGCCCUGAAUUACAUAAAUUACAGAAAAUACACAUCAAAAUGCAAGCAGAAAGAAAAACACAGUCAUAAAAAACAAACACAUUCAUCAGUAAUAAGGUCCACAAUCAGCUUUCGGAAUUGCCCUGGAGGCACCAGAACAUCACAUUUAAGAACAUUUGGAAGAUUAUUCCACAAAUAAGGUGCAAGAAAACUAAAAGCUGAUUUACCUAACUCAGUAGAGACCAUAGGAAUUUCCAGAGUUAACCAUCCCUGAGACCAGGUGUGGUAAGUCGUAUGUCUAAAUUUUAGUAAAGCCUCCCGAGUGGUGCAGUGGUCUAAGGCACUGCAUCGCAGUGCUAGCUGUGCCACUAGAGAACCUGGUUCAAAUCCAGGCUCUGUCGUAGCUGGCCGCGACCGGGAGACCCAUGGAGAGUGGUGAAAUGUUAGUCUUGACGCAUAAAAAUCCAGAGUUCGAUUCAAGUUGAAAAAUAAUAAUAAAUGUAUUUGUCGUUCUUCUGGAUACAAAAAUGUAUAGGAUUCUACCAAAACGAAUUGUGAUCAUUAAACUAAAGAAACAAACAGCAGGGUGAACAUGGUCUGGUACGGUCAAAAGACUGUGUGCUGUCAUUCCAGUAACUCCCAUUAGGCUAUGGGGCGUGUAUGUCUUUUAACUGUUUUCUCUAUUGGCCUGUAGAUGGGGUACACACACUUGACAAGGGAUUUAUGGCAAACACACAUACAACAGAAAUGCAUCAUGAAUUGGAAACAUACAAUUAAGCCUAUUUGGCUCCUACAGCAUCACUUCUUCCAUUCUUCUCAGUUAUGAUGCCAGACUCAGACAGAACAUGGUUAGGCAGGGAAGAAGAGGAAUUUGUGCAUUUACUGUUUUCCAAAAUGUAGAAGGAUCACCAGCAGUUUAUAUUGGGGAAGUCAAAAAACCUCCCUAGAGCCCAAGCAUAAUUUUCGCCAUUCCAAACUGCCAUGUUAACGUUUCCUGUCUCCUCCUCUCCCUCCUAAGCAAACAGACUUCCAGAUUUACUCGGAGUACUGUAACAACCACCCCAACGCCUGUGUACAGUUGUCCCGGCGGAUGAAGACCAACAAGUAUGUGUUCUUCUUCGAGGCCUGUCGCCUGCUCCAGAAGAUGAUUGACAUCUCGCUGGAUGGCUUCCUGCUCACGCCCGUCCAGAAGAUCUGCAAGUACCCUCUGCAGCUUGCCGAGCUACUGAAAUAUACCAACCCCCAGCACAGGUACUGUAAACCAGCACACACAUUAUCCUGUAUAUGUACGGUGUACACAUACAAGGAGUUGCACAUAUCCCUUCUAAUCUACACCUAAUUCACUUACAGCAGCGGUAUUGACACUGAUAGUAUAUUUAGUUAUUUUCAGAUUGUAAAUCGGCAGCCAUAUUGGUGACUUUUAUAUAAAACAAAGCUAUUAUAAGAUACAGUGUGAUGUGAGAGAGAAAGGAAUGAGAGUCUAGCAUGGUUGUCUGUUCUGGGACACCCAGGGACUAUAAGGACGUGGAGGCUGCCUUGGACGCCAUGAAGAACGUGGCCAGGCUGAUCAACGAGAGGAAGCGCCGCCUGGAGAACAUCGACAAGAUCGCCCAAUGGCAGCGCUCCAUAGAGGACUGGGAGGUGAGGAACAGUGUAUCAUUGGUCAUGGAACAUAAUCAAAUCAAAUCAAAUUGUAUUGGUCACAUACACGUGUUUAGCAGAUGUUAUAGCGGGUGUAGUGAAAUGCGUGUGCUUCUAGCUCUGACAGUGCAGUAAUAUCUAACAAGUAAUAUCUAACAAUUUCACAACAUAUACCCAAUACACACAAAUAUUAGUAAGGAAUUAAUUAAGAAUAUAUACAUAUAUGGACGAGCGAUGUCAGAGCGGCAUGGACUAAGAUACAGUAGAAUAGUAUAGAAUACAGUAUAUAAUAAUAAUAUGCCAUUUAGCAGACGCUUUUAUCCAAAGCGACUUACAGUCAUGUGUGCAUACAUUUUUACGUAUGGGUGGUCCCGGGGAUCGAACCCACUACCCUGGCUUUACAAGCGCCAUGCUCUACCAAUUGAGCUACAGAGGACCACAAUAUACAUAUGAGAUGAGUAAUGCAAGAUAUGUAAACAUUAUUAAAGUGGCUAAGAUACCGUAGAAUAGUAUAGAAUACAGUAUAUACAUAUGAGAUGAGUAAUGCAAGAUAUGUAAACAUUAUUAAAGUGGACUAGUGUUCCAUUUCUCAAAGUGGCCAGUGAUUUCUAGUCUAUGUCUAUAGGCAGCAUCCUCUAAUGUGCUAGUGAUGGCUGUUUAACAGUCUGAUGGCCUUGAGAUAGAAGCUGUUUUUCAUUCUCUCGGUCCCAGCUUUGAUGCAGCUGUACUGACCUCGCCUUUUGGAUGAUAGCGGGGUGAACAGGCAGUGGCUUGGGUGGUUGAUGUCCUUGAUGAUCUUUUUGAUGACUAGAGUCAGGUUUCCUGACCAGGUGACUUGAUCUGGAAACAACGCCUGAGGUCAUUUAGUCAGGACCAACUCCCUAGCUAUACGAUACACAUUUGUUGACUGAACAAUCUCUCUAUAUCAUGCCCCGUAUCUCUGCAGGCUCUAACAUAUAUUUAUGGUGUGUGUUUGAACAUGGUCAGGGAGAAGAUAUCCUCAGUAAGAGUUCGGAUCUGAUCUUCUCUGGAGAGCUGACGAAGAUCUCCCAGCCUCAAGCUAAGAGCCAGCAGCGCAUGUUCUUCCUCUUCGACCACCAGAUGGUGUACUGCAAAAAGGUGAGCAGCACUGUUAAAAACUACAACCCUUCCCCAACCACGUAAGCGUUAGGGUUAGUAACAGUUCUCUCUAUCCCCCUCUAGGACCUCCUGCGCAGGGACAUGCUGUACUGUAAGGGUCGCAUGGACAUGGACCAGAUUGAGGUGUUGGAUGUGGAGGACGGGAAGGAGAAGGACUUCAACGUGUCGGUGAAGAACGCUCUGAAGCUGCGCUCGCUGGCGGGGGACGAGAUCCACCUGCUGUGUGCCAAGAAGCCUGAGCAGAAACAACGCUGGCUCCGAGCCUUCCAGGACGAGAGGAGGCAGGUGCAGCACGACCGUGAGACAGGUGAGGUGCCACCCCGUUGCCUUAGGGAUAACUGUCAGUUAACCGUCUCUGUCAUAAUUGUGCGCCACCGUUUGAAAAAGGUAUGUGAUGAACUGCCGACCUGUGUUUAUUACUAGUCAGCUGUGUUUCCUUUCCUGUUAGUCAAAUGUGAGAUUCGUCCUCCUGUCUCUCUCUCUACCCCAGACUACUGCUGCCAUAAUAGUUCAAACAGCUGUUGUGGCAGUGACUGUGGUCAGAGAACAGAGAACCAGGAAGAGAAGGGUAUGCUAAAUGGUUCAGAGUGUCAUUGAUCCCUCAGAUAAACAGGCAAAAGGGCCCAUCAAUCCAUCUCAGCUGCCCCCCCCCCCCACCCUUCGCUUCUCUGCCAUAGUCUUAGGGUUUUGUCUGGGAUCUGUGCAUGUGUGGAGGGUUCUGCCUUGCCAUCUGGUUGGAAGUUCAGUGGACUCUUGCUCUGAGGCUGUUAGAUGUGUCUGCCUCCCUAACCCUGAUCCAGUCAGCUCCCCCCUGGAAAAACAGAGCAUAUGGAUGUUACUGAAACUUUCCCAUCCAACAAUCUGGCCUUGUAUUAUUCUGGGUAUUGAUAGGUGGCACUGGCAGAAUGAUAUCUGUGAUAUCCACAUUGACCUAUGACCUAUGUGGUUUCCACCUCCAGGAUUCUCCAUCACUGAGGUCCAGAAGAAACAGGCCAUGCUCAACGCCUGCAAAAGCCAUCCAGCUGGGAAGCCCAAAGGUAUGUCUGGGUAAAGUAGUCCUUAGGGGGUUGGACUGAAUAUGGGUGCAUGGCAGGAAAACUCCAUUUCCCUUUGGGAGUUUUAGGUUUGGCUGUGUGGAUGGGUGUGUAGUGUCGUGGGUGUUGAUUUUUUAAAGAAGCUAAGAUGACAUGUUUGGCUAUAUUUAUACACAUUUAGUUUGUGUGCUUAAUAUUCAUAUGAGCCUCUUUAGAUUCAAAUGCACUUGUAAUCCCCCCCAUCUACAUUUCAAAAACCCUAGUCUCUCGUCACAUUCUUGACAUUAACAUGUUGAAAAUUAAGUCGCUGAUUUAGUUCUGGGUGCUGAGAUUACUAACCCUCCUCUGUUCUCCUCUUCCCCAGCGGUGACCCAGAGAUUACUAACCCCCCUCUGCUCUCCUCUCCCCCAGCGGUGACCCGACCCUAUUGUGACUUCCUGCUCCGUCAGAAGCAGCCAUCUCUGCCCAGCAGCGUGCCCCAGCAGCAGGUCUUCAUGCUGGCUGAGCCCAAACGCAAGGCAACCACCUUCUGGCAAAACAUCGGCAGACUGACGCCUUUCAAGAAGUGA